GAAGGAACACUUCCGGAAGUUGUUUGAAUGAAAGCGGCGGACUGAUAAAUCACCUAGUUUCUAUUUAAAGCAGAUUUGUUUCACGAUUUCAGACUUAAACACCGUGUAGAGAAGAUGACAGGGAUUCCUCCGGACACUUGGCAGCCGCCCACUGUAGCUAUCGACACGACGAUGGGGACAGUUGUGGUGGAGCUCUACUGGAAGCAUGCGCCAAAAACGUGCAAGAACUUUGCAGAACUUUCCAGAAGGGGCUACUACAACAACACAAAGUUUCACCGAAUAAUCAAAGACUUCAUGGUGCAGGGUGGAGAUCCGACCGGAACAGGUCGAGGUGGUGCCUCCAUAUUUGGCAAACAGUUUGAAGAUGAGCUGAACCCAGAGCUGAAAUUCACAGGUGCAGGUAUUUUGGCGAUGGCCAACGCGGGACCAGACACCAACGGGAGUCAGUUCUUCCUCACUCUGGGACCCACUCAGUGGUUAGAUGGAAAGCACAGUAUUUUUGGAAGAGUGUAUCAGGGGAUGGGAGUGCUGAACCGGAUCGGCAUGGUGGAGACAAACGGUCAAGAUCGUCCAGCUGAUGAUAUCAAAAUUGUCAGAGCUACUGUACCUAAUUGAGCAAAUGUAGUUUUUUUUCUUUUUUACACACUGUUUUUAAAUAAAAAUAAAUGUCUGUUAAAUGUGUAAA